AUGGGAGAGUGGGGCUUCCUGAGCUCGCUGCUGGAUGCAGUGCAGGAGCACUCGCCCAUGGUGGGGCGGUUCUGGCUGGUGGUGAUGCUCCUCUUCCGCAUCCUGGUCCUGGCCACAGUGGGAAGCGAUGUCUUCGAGGACGAGCAGGAGGAAUUUGUCUGCAACACGCAGCAGCCGGGCUGCAAACCUGUCUGUUACGAUGCUGCCUUCCCCAUCUCCCACUACCGCUUCCUCGUCUUCCACAUCGUCAUGCUCUCAGCCCCUGCUGCCCUCUUUGUCAUAUUCGCUGUGCACCAGGCGGCCAAGCCGGGACGCGGGGGGUCCCCGGGGCAGCGCGCCCGCCGCCUCCAGCCCUUCUACGUGGGCAGCGUGGUGGCUCGUAUCGUGGCCGAGCUGGGCUUCCUGCUGGGCCAGGCGCUGCUCUAUGGCUUCAAGGUGCAGCCGCUCUUCGUCUGCCGCCGCCGGCCCUGUCCGCACCGCGUCGACUGCUUCGUCUCCCGCCCCACAGAGAAAACCGUCUUCAUCCACUUCUACUUCGUGGUGGGGCUGGUCUCUGCGCUGCUCAGCCUGGCCGAGCUUGCCCACCUCCUGCGCAAGGGCCCCCCGCCCCGGGCCAGUGGCUCCCACCAGCCACAGAAGCAAGGGCCAGCCCCUGGGCAGCCAGCAGGGACUGCCAAGGAGCCCUGCUGCCCCCCUGCCCCCCUGCUGCGGGGGGACCUCACUGUGUAG